UCUCACAAACCAUCAUAGAGUGGAAAAAUCAUGGGUUCGAUUGGCCUUGCAAUAAUGCUGAGUUGGUUUGCCUGGAGGACCCUUCAUGCCGGGUAUGUGUCCAUGUAGCAGAUUAAGUAAAACAUAUAUGUUCAUAUGACCGUCAGAUAUUAGCAUAUGCAGUGUUUCAGGAUUAUAUUCUGAUGAUUUCAUUUUCAAGGAACUUUACUGUACCUAAUUGAUAGAAUAUGGGACCAUCUAACUUUUCCCAAUCCUAUAAGAACUCCCCCUCCUGCUCACGUUACCAUUCGCCCUUCAAACUUCAAAACCAACUUCUUUUGCUUGACCCUCCAUUAAGAUCUUCUUCCAAAUAAACUCAUAUACUUUUAAGCCAUGCAACCCACUGACGUCACAGACUUCUAUUGCCUACUUCCUUCAAACUCAACUCAAUACCCAUCCCAAUCCUGCACUAACUACAACGCAUCCACAUUUCAGCUUAACAGGCUCUUGAACCCUUUGUAUCAUCUUCAGAUCACACCUCAAGUUCAAGAGUUCAAUCCACAACUAACAUGCUUCAACAGUAACUCUACAUCAGACGAAGCUGAUGAGCAACAGUUGAAUCUAAUAAAUGAACGGAAACAGAGAAGAAUGAUAUCUAAUAGAGAGUCCGCACGGAGAUCACGCAUGCGCAAGCAGAGGCACCUAGACGAGCUUUGGGCACAGGUUGUCUGGCUCCGAAAUGAGAAUCACCAGCUCCUGGACAAACUAAAUCAUGCUUCUGAGCGCCAGGAUCAAGUACUUGAAGAAAAUGCUCAACUCAAGAAAGAAGCUUCAGAACUUCGCCAAAUGAUCACUGACAUGCAGCUUAGCAGUCCUUGUCCUAGCUUAAGGGCUCUUGAGGAUGAACCUUGCAGUGGUUUAUCUCAAAAUGAAUAAAAAUUCAGACUACUCUGGAAGUUAUGCUGGUUCGGAUAAGGCCAUGUUUUCCUUUUCCUUGUUGUUAAGAUGGUGGCCAGAAUUUGAGUUUUCCCUUUAUCUCUUUUGUUCACGAGAUGAAGGCUAUGAGUUUAGUUUUUACUUUAUCUCCCUUCUUCUUGUGCUGGUAUGCUAUUCAAUAAAAAAUUCCCUUCUUUUGUGCUGUUCA